CGGGGCCCCGCCCCUCUCGCCGUCACGUGACCCGCUCGCUGAGGGAGCCGCAGUCAUGGCGGCGCACCUGAGCGCGGGGCGCGUCAACUUCAUGGCGCUGAGGGAGGCCGGGAGGAAGGAAUUGCGCGAGUUCCUCGACAAAUGCGCGGGCUCCAAGGCCAUUGUGUGGGAUGAAUACCUUACCGGGCCAUUUGGAUUAAUUGCGCAGUACUCGCUUCUAAAGGAACAUGAGGUGGAGAAAAUGUUCACCCUGAAAGCAGGGCGCCUGCCAGUUGCAGAUGUCAAGAAUAUUAUUUUCUUUGUCCGGCCAAGGCUUGAGCUCAUGGAUAUCAUUGCUGAAAAUGUACUCAGUGAAGACCGGAUCCGUUGCCCACAGCGAGAUUUCCACAUCUUGUUUGUGCCCCGUCGCAGCUUGUUAUGUGAACAGCGGCUGAAAGAUCAGGGUGUCCUGGGCUCCUUCAUUCACAGAGAGGAGUACAGUCUGGACCUCAUCCCAUUUGAUAGCGACCUGUUGUCCAUGGAAUCUGAAAGUGCCUUUAAAGAGUGUUACUUGGAGAAUGACCAGACCAGCCUUUACCACGCAGCUAAGGGACUCAUGACUCUCCAGGCCCUUUAUGGAACAAUCCCACAGAUCUUUGGGAAGGGAGAGUGCGCACGGCAUGUAGCAAAUAUGAUGAUCAGGAUGAAGCGUGAGUUCUCUGGCAGCCAGAAUCCCAUCUUCCCGGUCUUCGAUACCCUCUUGCUUCUUGACCGCAAUGUAGACUUGAUCUCACCACUGGCCACCCAACUGACAUACGAAGGGCUUAUUGAUGAGAUCUAUGGCAUUCAGAAUACUUAUGUGAAACUCCCUCCUGAAAAGUUUGCUCCCAAGAAACAGGGGGAAGGGGGCAAGGACCUCCCCACGGAGCCCAAGAAGCUGCAGCUGAAUUCGGCCGAGGAGCUCUAUGCCGAGAUCCGAGAUAAGAACUUCAAUGCCGUUGGCUCGGUGCUGAGUAAGCGGGCCAAAAUCAUCUCGGCCGCAUUUGAGGAAAGGCAUCAUGCGAAAACGGUGGGAGAAAUCAAGCAGUUUGUUUCACAGCUGCCCCACAUGCAGGCGGCCAGGAGCUCCUUAGCUAACCAUACUUCGAUUGCGGAGCUCAUCAAGGAUAUCACAACAUCAGAAGAUUUCUUUGAUAACUUAACAGUGGAGCAAGAGUUUAUGUCAGGAAUAGACACUGAUAAGGUCAACACUUUCAUUGAAGACUGCAUUGCUCAGAAGCAUCCUUUGAUCAAGAUUUUGAGGCUGGUUUGCCUGCAAUCAGUCUGCAACAGUGGAUUGAAGCAGAAGGUCCUGGAUUAUUAUAAGAGAGAGAUUCUCCAGACUUAUGGCUAUGAGCACAUAUUAACUCUAAACAAUCUAGAAAAAGCGGGUCUUUUGAAAGCCCAGUUGUGUAGUCGAAACAACUACCCCACAAUUCGGAAGACUCUCCGCUUGUGGAUGGAUGAUGUCAAUGAACAGAAUCCCAACGACAUUUCCUAUGUGUACAGUGGUUACGCGCCUCUGAGUGUGCGCCUGGCGCAACUGUUGGCCCGCCCGGGAUGGAGGAGCAUAGAAGAGGUUCUCAAGAUGCUCCCUGGCCCACACUUCGAAGAGAGGCAGCAGCUCCCGACAGGGCUUCAGAAAAAGCGUCAGCACGGAGAAAACCGAGUCACUCUCGUCUUCUUCUUGGGCGGUGUGACAUACGCGGAAAUAGCGGCCCUCCGUUUUUUGUCGCAAAUGGAAGACGGGGGCACCGAAUACGUGAUCGCAACGACUAAACUCAUCAACGGAACAAGCUGGAUCAAGUCCUUGAUGGAGAAGCUAGAGCCGCCACCUUUUUAGACGCAAGUCUCCAGCCUUCGACGGAGGAAGAUGUCCGCUUGCGGGAUGCCGGUGUUGUCUUCCAAUGGAGUAGAGAACAAACGUGCUGGCUUUGGUCUUCUUGCAUGAAAUAGGUGUCUUUUCCCAUCAUCAUCGAUUGGGAGCCUGCCAGGAGCGGGUGCUUCCGAAAAAGAAUAUCCAGCCGUGGCCUGUCACAUGCUGUGAUGUGUCUUGGAGAAAGGCACGACACUUCCGUGGUCAGAUGUCCCUUGUAACCAUUGCCUUUGUAUUUAUUGUAGUUGGUAAACAUUCCGCAUUUUCUCCGGAUUUCGUUCCCCUGGUAUUUAACUUUCUCCCUUUUCCUUUGUCAUUUGUUUUUUAAAUGCUUUUCCUAGACACCCUUUGACUUCUUCGCCUUUCAACUCUGGCUGCUAAUUUCACUAAAGCUGAGGUUCGUACCACUGUAUUUUUUAAGUUUUUCAGUGAUCUUUCGAUCCCCAGAAUUAGGAGCCCAUCAACGGUGUGGUGGCAAUAAUGGUGAAAGGUAGACGAGCCUGGGACCGCUUGCCUUUUUUAGAAAGAGAUGCAAAACAUGGUUCUAACAAAGAUGUAUUCUCAUACCUGGUGAGGUAACUAUACUAUGUGUUUCUGUGGGCAGAGCUGUAAAAUAAAUACUGAAUCAUCUAGAGCA